AAUUGAUGCAGGACAACACAACACAUUUGUUCUCUGUAUACAGUUAAUUUAAGACAGCUUUCCACUCCUGCCACUGAUCCCAUGAACACUACCCUUGCAGCGCCUCUCUCUCUCUCUCCACUCUCCCUCUCUCUUUCUCUCUCUCCAUUCUCUCUCUCUCCACUCUUUCUCUCUCUCUCCACUCCCUCUCUCCCUUUCUGUCCUAUCACCUCUCCUUCUCUCGUUCCCUUCAUUUGCAGAUGGCGGUGUAGUGAGGUGGCUGAGGACCAGUAUGUGUGUGAGUGCGUGGAAGGACACAUCCUCCCCUUGGAGAGAAAGAGAAAACAGAGAAAGAGAGAGAGGAAGAAGAAGCAGCUGCUCUCCAGUAACAGGUAGGUCAGCUGUGGGGUUCCAUUAUAUCCUUGGGGGAACAACCGGCCAUGCGCACGUCACUACAGGCACUCGAGGACCUGAGGUGUCGCAGCCGCAGGUAGGAGCAGCUAACUCCAGUCUCCUGUCAUGGAUACUAACGCUGGGGAAGUGGAGGACUCAGGAGAAGAGCUUACAGGGAGGAAGAAGUCUCGGUUCAAGCUGCUGAAGAGUCGUCUGUUUGGUCGUCUGAAGAGGAAGGAGACUGAAGGGCGGAUGAAACAGAGCCAGUCCGCCAGUGAUGUCACUGCUGAUGUCAUAGCUCCGGGGGACGACGACUCAGAGGAUGACUGUUUGGGCGGUCCAAAUACACUGGGAUCCAGAGCUCUGUCACAUGACAGCAUCUUCCUGGCUGACCAAUCACAGAGCUCCUCUGAGCCGACGAGGAUUCUGUCUCAGGAGAACGUACACGGCAGGAUACAAGAACUGCAGCUGAAACUGCAGCGGCAGAACAUGUGUCUGGGCCCUCCCCCCUUGCUGAUCCCUGGAAAGAGAAUGGAAGAUUCUGGAGCCACCUCUGAGGAUGAUGGUUUACCCCAGAGCCCUCCAGAGAUCUUGUUCCAUGACCGAACAGCACAGGGGCCUUCCUACAAGUUCCCUGACACUCACAGGCACCAUAGCUCUCUGAGUUUAGCAGGGACAGGGAGUGAGGAGGAGGAGCAGUGCCUCUCUCAGCCCUCCUCCCGUCCUCUCUCCCCGAAUCCUGCUUCCCUCUGUUUCCACUCCCCUGCAGUGGACUUCACCAGCCCAGCCCAGUACACUCCUAGCCUGGACAGCUCUGCCGCCCGUCACCGCAUGUCUGUUAAACCCAGGAACCAGAGGGCCAGCGCCAAGGGAAGGAAAGGUCCCCUGAGAGCAAGCAGACUUGGCUCAGAGAGCCUGAGUGACCUGGACCCAGACCAGCCCCUGUCUGAGAGGGAGGAAGAGCAGGAUGGAAUGGAGGACGAGGACAGAGAGGAAGAGGAGGAGAGGGAGAGACCGUUCUCUUCAUCUCCAAAAGACUCUGAGGAGAAGCCCUGGCAGUCAGUACCCCCUGGUGGUCAGAAAGAGGUAUUACAGAGAAAAGAGUCCUCCGAGACAGAGGGACGCGUCACCACCAACCCUCUCUACCUCCAGGCUAUGACCUCUCCUCUAUCAGAACCCAUGACCAAGACCUCCAUCCUGGAGACCCCGAGCCUGCCCUCGGAACCUAUCCGGGUCAAACGCCCAAGAACUCUCAUCCAGGAUAAUUCAGACCAGGGAAGUCGGCCUGGGUCUACAUCUGAAAAGACCCUCUCCAGGCCUCUCAGUCCUGUCUAUGGAUCAGACUCCACCACAAAUCAACUUCCCUCAAAAGAGAAGCCAGAGGAGAAUAUGACCCCAGCCACCUCUAACAAGGGAGACCGGUUGAGCAGAAACACACAGUGUGUGAGCCUAGCGGACACCAGCAGCUCUACAUACCACUCUGCUCUACCUACCCCUGCCCCUCGCAUUAUAAGACAAACACAGAGACCUGCUUCUGAGAGAGAGUCUGUCAGAGAGACUACAGCAGUCCCAUUGUCGGGCGUUAAUGAAGAAACCUCCAAAUUGGACCUAGUGCAGAGGAGGAGAGGGCCACCUACUGGCCAUGAAGACACACUGCCUCGAGCAAACAGUUUCUCCACCUCCUCCUUGAGACAGCGUUCCAAGAGUGCCACUGGCAGAGCCCACACAGGGACGAGAAACGAGGAGAUGAAUGCAGAAGGAAAAGGAGGGGAGGGUUUGGUGGCCAAGAACCCUCAUCAGGAGUCUGUCAGAAGGCAAGAGGUAAAACCAGAGCAGGCCACAUUUAAAGGCCUGAAGGAAAACCAACCACAACCCUCACCUCAGGAGAGAAAAGUACAAACAGAGGUAGAAGUCGUGGAGGAGACAGGACUGAAGGGAGGAGAGAAAAGGGAUGGGCAGAGUGAGGGAAAUGAGGAGAAGGAGCAGGAGCAGGAGAGGAGGAGUGCUUUCGGAGUGAAGCUGCGCACCACUUCUCAGUCUCUGAAGUAUCGCUUGGAGAGGGACCAAGAAUUCAGGGUUAAGUGUCAUAUUGUCUCAACAACUGCAGAACCAGUCAAAGGCGAAAUUGGCACAAGUUCAAAGGUCAGGGUUGACUUGGAAAAUAAGGCAUCGAGGAAGGGCCCGUCACAAGUGUCUGAUUGCCCCCCCCCCAUACACCCCUGACAGAAACAGACUCAACGAGAACCAAGAUGAUGAUGAUACUGACCUGGUAGUAGAUGCCUUUUCAGACCCAGACAAAGGCCCAUCCUCCAGACCUGCUCUGGGGCUCCCAAGAGGGGCUGAGACCCCUGGGUCUAAUGGGUCAGCUGGAUCGGAGCCUGUCUGGAUGUCCAUGGCCCGGGAAAAGACCAGGAGUCUCCAACAGCAUCUCAGUCCAGAGACAGAUGCUGGGAUAGGGGGGACAACAACGCCCCAGUACACCACAUCAACAUGGCCAGCUCCAACCCCAGCCCCACAACCGAGAUUACAACCAACAGCUCAGCCAUCAACACAACCUCCAUCACAAUCACAGCCAAGCACAAAAACAGCCUCGCAAAAACAAACAUCACCCCCAGUGGUACAAUCACCAUCUCAACCAAUACCAAGCCGUAGACCAAUCCUACAGGAAAUGCAUCUGACAGCUAAACUCAAAACAUUGCCUUCAGAUCAGCCUAACACACAAUCACCAUCUCAACCAAUACCAAGCCGUAGACCAAUCCUACAGGAAAUGCAUCUGACAGCUAAACUCAAAACAUUGCCUUCAGAUCAGCCUAACACACAAUCACCAUCUCAACCAAUACCAAGCCGUAGACCAAUCCUACAGGAAAUGCAUCUGACAGCUAAACUCAAAACAUUGCCUUCAGAUCAGCCUAACACACAAUCACCAUCUCAACCAAUACCAAGCCGUAGACCAAUCCUACAGGAAAUGCAUCUGACAGCUAAACUCAAAACAUUGCCUUCAGAUCAGCCUAACACACAAACAGCAUCACAACCGACACCACAAGGAACAGCGCAACAGCUGACACAACCGUCCUCCCAACCUCACACGCCAACCAGACCAACUCUACGAGGAGCGUCUGAGAGAUCCUCCACGUCUCUGAAGAGAGCUGAGAAGAUGCCUGUGGAGAAAUGGACAGAAAGAGCGCUCCCGACUGGGACUAUGGAGGAAUCUAGCCAUGGUCAAAUUGAGAUUCACACCUCAAAGCCUGAGAUACCUUCUUCAUCGUCAUACCGGGGUCAGCCAAUCAGGAUGGAACUUGCCAAGAGGAAAUAUCUUGCCUGGAGUGACAUGGCUAUGGACUAAGAGAAAUGCACGUGUGUGUGUGUGUGUGUGUGUGUGUGUGUGUGUGUGUGUGUGUGUGUGUGUGUGUGUGUGUGUGUGUGUGUGUGUGUGUGUGUGUGUGUGUGUGUGUGUGUGUGUGUGUGUGUGUGUGUGUGUGUGUGUGUGUGUGUGUGUGUGUGUGUGUGAGGUAAAGGGGUUCCUAAAGAGAGUAAGGAGAAAACUGAAAUAAAAUAAUGAUUUGCUGCUGACUGUGUUAUUUGAACCUACUGGAUUCAGAGUUUAAAACCCAUUUCCCAUUACUGUGCCUUACUCUUCUAACCAUGACAUAUAAAAAAUGACUUAUAUUUCAAUUAUAUAUCACUUAUAUUUUACUGCAUAUAACAUCACUAAACCAAGAGGUCUGGACUUUUAAGGCACAAGAGGGCAUACUCUUGUCCUGUAACUUGUUGGUUGCUGGUUCAAACUCCGCUUCAGUUUUUUCACUGCUUUUGACAUAUCACUCCAUGCAAGAUCCCUUCGAACAACUGUCUCAAAGUGUUGUCUGGAAUAAAUAUACUGUCAAUUGUA